AAAACUAAAAGUCGUCAAUAUGGACCAACUCAUUAUUUCUCUUCCUUCACAAAUCAAACCCUAACAAUCAAUCAAACAGUUCCUCAUUUUCACCUUCUUCUUCUUCACCAAACCUCACUUUCUCUCCUUCCUUCAUGGCAGUUCUCCUUGAUUCCACACCACCAGCGCCUCCCGCCGCUUCUUCUCUCGCUCCUGGCUUCAGAUUUCACCCCACCGAUGAAGAACUCGUUCGGUAUUAUCUCCGCCGUAAGAUUUGCGGCAAACCCUUCCGAUUUGACGCUAUUUCCGACGUUGAUGUCUACAAAGUUGAGCCCUGGGAUCUUCCAGGGUUGUCAAGGCUCAAGACCAGAGACCUUGAAUGGUACUUUUUUAGUGUGUUGGAUAAGAAGUAUGGGAAUGGAUCGCGUACAAAUCGAGCAACGGAUCGAGGGUACUGGAAAACUACUGGGAAAGACCGGUCGGUUUACCAUCGGUCUCAACUGGUUGGGAUGAAGAAAACUUUGGUUUAUCAUAUUGGUCGGGCACCCAAGGGUGAGAGAACAAACUGGGUUAUGCAUGAGUACAGGCUCAUUGAUCAGGACUUGGAAAAAGCUGGAAUUUCACAGGAUGCGUUUGUUCUUUGUAGAAUCUUCCGGAAGAGUGGUUCCGGGCCGAAAAAUGGUGAACAGUAUGGGGCACCAUUUGUUGAGGAGGAAUGGGAGGAUGAUGAGCUGGUAAUGGUACCCAAACAAGAGUCUGCUGAGGAAUUGCUUGUUGAUGAUGACGACGCAUAUCUAGAUGCGGAGGAUCUUGAGCAGAUUCUUGGCUCUGACAUGCCAGAGGAACAACAUCCUCUUCAACUGAAAUACCAUCAAGGCGAUGAUGUCAGCAGUGGUGAUGUAUCCACAGAAAUGGUCGAUGACCCACAAAACUUCUUGGUUGGUGAGGGUGACGGUCAACCUGAAGCUGACCAAGAUGACAAACCAAAGUUGUUUGAUUUGCCCGUACAGAACGAGUUGGACCCCACAUCGGUAAAGCAUGAAUACAUUAGUGAAACAAGCAACACUGAGGAUUUUGAUGUGGAUUAUUUGCUUGAUGAACCCUUUUUUGAUGCUUCUACUGGUGACGACUUCAAAUUUGAUGGAAAUUCAUUCCUUGAAGCUGAUGACCUUAAAACUGACGUCAAGCCGGAACCUGGCCUUGACGUUUUUGAUGAGUAUUCAUCGUAUCUUAUGCCACCAAUCGAUGACUUGGAAUACACUUUCGAUUCAUUAGAUAACGAGAAUAUUCUCGAGAAUCCAAUUGAUGAAACUCAUAAAUUGAGUGAAGUGAAAAACAGUAAUUUUGCUUCCACUUCAAACCAAGAGCAUCUGGAUUCAGCAACAGGUAACAUGGAAGGAACUCAUGAGACUUGUGAAACAAGUCAACAACUUUCUGAAGGAUAUGAUAACGAUAUUGUUCCCUUUUUAAAGCAAGAGGAUGCAGAUCUGUCAACAGAUUUUGCAUACCCAUUUCUCCAAACGGCAAGUUACAUGUUGGGAAACAUAUCGGCCCCACCUGCAUUUGCAUCAGCAAAAUAUUUGGCUGCUGCUUCUCAAGCUUCUACUUCAGUUCGCGUUACUACAGGCAUGAUCAGAAUAAGAGAUAUUACUUUCACAGGAAGCAAGCUGGACUGGUCGUUGAACAAAAAUGGUCAUCUCAACAUUGUUCUCUCAUUCGGGCUGGAGCAAAGUGAGGUUCCUGAUGUAAAUUCACAUCAAACCAAUGGUCGGAAGCGCAAUUCUUCUGUUUCUCGAAGCUGGUUAUACUGCUUGUUUCUGUGCAUCAUGGUUCUGUCGUUGAGCUCCAAGAUCAGGAGUCUGGUUUGCCCCAGGUCAUACAUGAGCUGAGCGGAACGGUCAACAGAAGUCAGAAACCUCUGGAUUCUACUUGGUUUUUCUUUAUCUGAUUACUUUAACAAAAUAAUAUUAUGGAGGCACAAUGAUGCCGACUGAGCUAAUUCUGGAGAUUGAAAAUGUUGUUUUUGUUAGAAGUUGUUGGUAAGAACAUUAGAAAGAUCACGGGGAACAAGGACUGUGUGUGGAACUGGAAGGAAAUAGUACUUCGCUGUUUCAUGUCUCGCCAUUUCUGUUGAUUUAUUACUUGCAUUUUAAUUAACCAAUCUUAAUGUGUGUU